GUCACGCACGGAACUGCAAAGCCUGCCGGGAGCUGGGUGUGCGAUGGCUACACCCAGCCUGCGGGGUCGCCUGGCGCGGUUUGGGAACCCUCGGAAGCCUGUGUUGAAGCCCAAUAAACCUCUCAUUCUAGCUAACCGCGUCGGGGAGCGUCGCCGGGAGAAGGGCGAGGCGACUUGCAUCACGGAGAUGGCGGUGAUGAUGGCUUGCUGGAAGCAGAAUGAAUUCCGCGACGAUGCGUGCAGAAAAGAAAUCCAGGGCUUCCUCGAUUGUGCCGCGAGGGCUCAGGAAGCCCAAAAGAUGAGAUCAAUACGAGAGUCUGGGAGUUUACCUCCAAAUAAAUUGAAUAAAUUGUUACAGAGGUUUCCUAACAAACCUCACCUCAGCUGAAAAUGGACAAGUAUUUUCAAUGACUGAAAUAUAGCUUCUGACAACUAUGCGGAGGCAUUUUACAGACAUUGGCAUUGCCAUGCCCUCUUUGGAGGGUAGAAGAGACAAAACACUUUUUUCACCCUUUGGAAUCAUAGUAUGGGUAGAAGUUAUGAUUUAUCUUGAAAUAAAAUCCUCUGAAGAGCACUUGGCCUUUUGUUGUGAAUUAGGUACUCUCUUCAUUCUUGAACCCUGUUUCCUCCCCUAGACCCUGGAAAUUCUUUCCUUCCUGAUUUGCCCUAGGAGCAGGACAAAUCCCGUUGUCUUUCCCUGCAUUUGAAGUCUUUCACACCAUUUAGUGCCCUUGCCUUUGGAUGCAGUAAGGAAGCUGAAGUUUGCUAUCAUCUGUAAAUACUUAGUGAUUGCCUAUUUUGUGCAUAGCCCCUGCAAGGUGCUCUCUAAAUAAUCAAGUUAACAAACUGGUGACCUA